UCUCUUCUCUUUUCAAGCAUGGCGGGGGUAGAUGGAGAAAAGAAAUCGGUAUUGGAGAUGGUGCAGGCUGAUGGAGCAGACGAGGGCUGUGUGACGUUUGUUCUUCAUGAGGAGGACCACACUCUGGGGAACUCUCUACGUUACAUGGUUAUGAAGAACCUGGAUGUAGACUUCUGUGGUUACAGCAUCACUCACCCCUCUGAGAGCAAGAUCAACUUCCGUAUCCAGACACGAGGUGGGGUUCCAGCAGUGGAACCUUUGAGAAGAGGACUGAAUGAGCUCACUGAUGUCUGUCAACAUGUCCUCAACACCUUCCAGAGGAGGGUGACUGAGUUCAGAUCACAGCAGGAGGACGUAAUGGAUUGAGGAGCCCAGCUGGAGCGUAGACGGAAUAUGAAACAUACGACUCUGUAUUUUGAUCCUUAAUGCUGUACAUUGUUGAUAAUUAAGCCAGAAAAAUGAUUUAUUUUCCCAGUGAACCAAUAUCAUGUUGUAUUAUUAUUGGACGGGUAUCCAGUCUGCAUGACAUUGUGUUUGUCUAAACUUUAGUAAAGUAUUUUAUAAGAG